AUGACGGCGAACGUUGCCGUCACAGUAUCAUCAGCGGGUGGGGAGGCUGGUCCCCCGGGCCCGGCGACCGAGGGUACCGACAUGAAAGGUGUUGAAGCUACACCUGAAGAACAGGAACGGCUAGCAACUGGAAACAAUAAUGGGUCGCUCGACUGCAAGCACACGGCGGCUCACCCGCAGCCGCUGCGGGACCGCUCCGUAUUCGCGUCGACGCGCGUCUUCAUGUUGGUGUUUCUGUCAGGCUGGAUACUGCAGGGCAUGUUCCUCACCUACUUCGUUAGUGUAACGACCACUGUAGAAAAAUUAUUCAAAGUCGAAUCGAAGACGACGGGGACGUUAUUAGCGGCGACGGAAAUAGGCCAGAUAUGUACAGCACUGUUCUUGACGUACCUGGCGGGCCGCGGGCACCGGCCUCGGUGGAUCGCCUGUAUGAUGAUCGUUCUGGCGUUUGGUGUGAUCGGCUGUAUCAUGCCACACCUGUUCUAUGGCACACAGUUGCUGGAAGUGCACCAGGAAGCGCAUAAAGUUGGCGCCGCGCCUGUUUGCUACAGCUACCAGAACUCCUCCGACUUGUGUGAUGAUGCACACGUAAAGAGUUCAACGACGCGGUCUUCCAUCACCGCCGUGGUCAUCCCAUGGCUGUUUAUUUGCCUGCUGGUGGUGGGCGUGGGGCAGACUGGGAUAGCCACGCUGGGUAUUCCGUACGUGGACGACAACGUCGGCAGCAAGCAGUCCCCGCUUUACAUGGCUAUUACCAUCGGUAUAAGGGUUAUAGGCCCUGCAUUGGGCUUCCUUCUAGGGGCUCUAUGCACCAGGGUUUAUGUGGACCCAUUCUCGACCCCUGACUACGAUGCCAGUGACCCGAGGUGGGUUGGAGCUUGGUGGUUGGGUAUGGUAGUUGUAGCCGCAUUCAUAGUGCUGCUGUCAACCCUGAUGUUCUGCUUCCCGCGCCAGAUCAGAUAUGAGCCUGUACCUAUCCCUGCCAAGAAGAUCCAGGAAAAGCAUGAACCGAUGUUCAAAGAUUUCUUAGACACGAUCAAAAGGCAGCUUACGAACGACAUCCUGAUGUGGCGGACGGCUAGUUCAGUACUUCACUUGAUGCCCAUCAGUGGGGUGUACAGCUUCUUGCCGAAGUACUUGGAGAAGCAGUUCCGGCUCCCGACGCAUGACGCCAACCUAGUCUCGGGUCUUGGCGGCAUUCUGGUGAUGGGUUUGGGUACAAUUACGGCUGGGAUUGUGAUACUGAAGCUGGUGCCUACAGCUCGACAGGUUGCAGCUUGGACAGCUACGAGCGCCGCCAUUUAUAGUGCUGGUAUGAUUCUGUUAAUGUUCGUCAGCUGUCCUGAAGAGAAUUACAGGAUGAUCAGUGAAGGAGGCAGCAUCGCCAACAGUAGCGUGGAGUGCAGCGCUGGCUGUUACUGCGCUGAUGUGGCAUUCAAUCCCGUUUGUGGACAGGAUUCGUACACGUACCUAUCGCCAUGCCAGGCGGGCUGCCUGGACAGUUACCAGCUGGACAACAACACGUGGAUGUACACCAACUGCUCCUGCAUCGACGGCACCAAGCGCGGAGAGAAGGCAAUGGACACAAUUGAGCGUUACAACCUAUACAAUUCAUCGGAGGACAUAUUGUCGCGUCCGCUCGGUUUCGCGGUGAGCGGCGAGUGCGGGGGCCCGUGCUCUCAGAUCUACGUGUUCGUGGCCAUCUUCGCCGCGCUCAUGUUCGUGCACGCCAGCGGGGAGGUCGGCUCCGUACUACUCAUCAUACGGUGCACCGAUAGACAAGAUAAAGCGAUGGCGAUGGGGGUGAUCCAGUUCGCGAUAGGAGUGUUCGGCAACGUGCCGUGCCCGAUCGUGUUCGGCGCGGCUGUGGACGCGGCGUGCCGCGCGCGCGACGCCGUCUGCGGCAUGCUCGGCGCAUGCGUCUCAUACGACAACGACAGCUUCCGACACUUCUAUCUAGGUUUGUCGUCAUUCCUAAUGUUCCUAGCGUGCAUAAUGGACAUGUUGGUAUGGAGUAAGGCGGGUCGCAUUGACAUGAACCCCGCCGACAAACCCGCGCCCGACGCAUCCGUGGCACUCACCAACCCCUCCGACACACAACUCUGACAUCAAACCAACUACGAGUCACACCUGUAAGUGACCACACGACCUUAAGUCAAGGCAAUACGGUCCUAAUUACAACGAAACCGUUAAAAACCUCAACUAAGGCGUGGGACUAUUAACCCUACUUGUAAGUGUUACGGUCUAAAUUGCAACGACGCUGAUCUGAAUAAAUCUUAGUCGCUGCCAGCUAUCAACUUUACAUAUAGUUUACCCAGUGGUAAGAUCGAUAAAUGCAACGACGCUGAUCCAGUUACAGUUAUCGGAAAAUUGUGAAUCUUAUACCUGACUGUUAGAGUCGAAAUUUGUAUGCAAGAGGAUCUGAGAGUUGUAGGUUUAGCAAAAUUUAUUAUCAUGGUAAAGUUAAGGUGUCUUGGAUGAAUAUUGAAAUGUAGUUCGGGGAUAGCAGUUUCUGAAGGAUUGUGGGACCACUAGUGGGUGGGUUCUAAGCAAUGUUGUGGGUUACUGUUGAGUUUUGUUGUCCGAGUGUCGGCUAGACCGCCAUUAUGAGCCAUAUUACAACAAACAGCAAUGCAUGCGUUAUAUAUGUUAUUUGGACAAACCUAGAUACUAUUUGUAUAUACUAAUUAACAUACGCCAAUAUUUUGGUUAUUUAUUAGAUUCUUGAGCUAAUGUUAACUUUUUUUUUUAGUAAAAUGCCAGUGUAUUUGUUUGAACAUUACGGUUUCCGUGACAAAACCUUCAACCUGACUGAAAUAUCAAAUAGUUGUAUCGUGCAUUUUAUUUUUUAAUCUGUGCAUUUUAUACACUAGUUUUACUACGAUUUUACCGCAUAAGUAUGUGCUCAAUUUUAUAAACAUAAUAAUGAAAUAAUAAUAAUAAUAGCAAAACUACAAAAUGGUUCAGGCAUAAUAUUAUUAUCUAUAAAGUUAAAUUAUGUAUGAUAGUAAUUGUUUGGGAGCAAGUGUUUAUACGAAAUUACAGCUAAUACGAUUAGAGCCAAUAUAUGGCGCACGUAGCGUUAAUAAAUAGGUAAAUAAAUAUAUAUUUAUAUGUUCUGUUGUAAUUUAAAAGAAGGUUUUUGGCCCACUUACCCACGUGACGUUUUAUUUAGCUAAUAUACUGUGUUAGUGGGCGUAGACCUUUGCUUCAUAUAGUUGUCAGUCCCGUAACACAAUAGAAAGCGUUCGUCCUCAACACAUCACUUCAAUACAUCACUCAGUAAAUGAUAUCUACUAAUGGGACUGAGUGACUUUGAAAAGCACAUAUUGUCAUAGUAAUUAUAUAUUUCUAAUUAAAUAUUACGCUA